UUCCGCCAGAUCGAGGGGUGCGCAAUCGAGCGACACAAGGUCGUUACUGCAGCGGUUAAACAUGAUGUCUAUAGCUGCCCGCUCAGGGGUGUUUUCCCCUUACAUGCACGCCACCGCUUUCGCAGUUGCGGGGCCUCUGAAAGCUCUUGUACCUGGGGUUGUUGUAAAGGGAGAGAAUAUUCUGUUGAACCCGAAGAAACAGUUUUUGUGUCGCGAGUCGCUAAACGGUCAAAGCCCAAAGACAGGCCCUGCUGUGACAGUUAGCAUCAAUGGAUCUGCAGGAGUCAGAUUUGCUCAUACAGACAUCAGAGUACCAGACUUUUCUGACUACAGGCGUCCAGAGGUGCUUGACCCCAGCAAGUCAUCUCAGGACAGCAGUGAAUCCAGGAGAACCUUCUCUUACCUGGUUACUGGGGCGACAGCGGUGGUGAGCGUCUAUGCUGCCAAGACGGUGGUCACUCAGUUUGUUUCUUCCAUGAGUGCCUCAGCUGAUGUCUUAGCUAUGUCCAAGAUAGAAAUCAAACUGAGUGACAUCCCUGAAGGCAAGAACAUGACCUUCAAGUGGCGAGGCAAACCACUGUUUGUUCGUCACCGCACAGAGAAGGAAAUCGCUACCGAGGCUGCUGUCAACCUCACAGAGCUGCGAGACCCUCAGCAUGAUAAGGACAGAGUCAUCAACCCCAGCUGGGUCAUCGUGCUGGGAGUGUGCACACAUCUGGGAUGUGUACCCAUCGCCAAUGCCGGCGAGUACGGCGGCUACUAUUGCCCCUGCCACGGCUCGCACUAUGAUGCCUCUGGCCGCAUCAGGAAAGGCCCCGCCCCCCUCAACCUGGAGGUACCUUACUACGAGUUUCCAGAUGACAACACAGUGAUCGUGGGAUAAAUGGCACUCACAAGACUGAGAUGGCUUUGUACGUCAGUUGUCAGUCCAUCACAAGUGUAUUCAUGUGCAUUCAGCUGUAUUAGUGAGAAGAUGUUGAGGUGUUCGAAGGGUUUAGUUCCUUUCAACAGCUCACUCAAACAUGAGAGCACCUCUGCUUUGUUUUAUAUAAUGCCAUAAAGGCACAUUACACGUUAAAAACAAGGAGGAGCUUUUGAGUUAUGCAUUCAGAAAGUUGACUAGACUUGGAAAACUUCAUAGUCUUCUUUUUUCCUUUCCUGAGUACAACUUGAACAUGAUAAACAUUUUGAGUGAUAUUCCAUCUAGCUCUGGAGAAUAAAUGUAUUCAGAUUUGAAUAAUAAAGAUUUAAUUUUAUUUGA